AUGGCGGGUAUCAGCACCACCGGCACCAGCAGCAGCGGUGGUGACCUGCGCGGUCCCGCAACCAGCUAUCGCAGCUCCCUCCAACUCGCCGACGCCUUCCAGCCGGUGCAGCACCGCAAUCAGUGGCCCUUCGAUCACGUCCUCAUCGACAUCUCCCUCUUCGCGAACUCCCUCGGCUACCUCACACGCGACCUGGUCGGCCAGGAACGCGACAGCGAAACGGUGAAGAACGUCCACCGACAGCUGCAGACCGUCAUCCUGCGCCGCCUCCAACCGCGCAAGAGCCUAGCAUUCUUUCUGGACGGCAGCGAGCCGCUCUGGAUGCUCGAGCAUCGACGCCUCUUCCCUGGCCGGCGGUACGACUCCAGGGUCUACCGCAGCUGUGCCUCGCCGAUGCCCUACCUGCUGGAAGAGAAACUCCGCGGCGUGGCCAUGGAGCAGCGCACCCCGCCCUCGGAGGCCGUCAUCAGCGGUCCAGCCACCCCGGGGCUGGCAGAGGGCAAGAUGAGCGCUUAUCUCCUGGACCUUGCAACCCGCAUUCUCCGGCCUCCGACGUUCCCGCCGCUCCAAGACCCCCCGGUCACGGCGAAGGACACAGUCUGCCUGGUCGGCGGGCCCGAGCUCGCUUGGUUGGCUGUUGCUACGACGCCGUUUCGCAACAUCACGAGCGUGACGCUGCAGCAUGGGGAGCUGAAGAGCUGCUCGCUGCAGGAAUCGAUGGAGUGGAUGCGGCUGGAUCACCUGCUGAAGGGGGCGUCAGAGCAGGUGAACGGCGACGGUGGCGCGGCGUUGGCGCUGCAGCGGCGCCUGGCCGCUGUCCGUACGGACCUAGUUCUACUCUACCUUCUCACCAAUGGUCAUCCCACUACAGGACUGCCUCAGGUGCUGGCUACACCGUUCGCGGACGUGCUGGAUGCGUACGUGGACAUGGAGAAGGAACAGCACAGCGCCGCGGCGCCGGGCGCGCCGCAGAACGCCCUGCGGCUUCGUAGCGUAUUAUUCGACGAAGAGCCCGUCACAAGCGCGCGCCCUGAGCAGCCAGGGCUGCAACUGCGCUUAGCAUCCCUGCAGCAGCUGCUCGUGCGCAUCGUGAGGGCGUUGUCCGGAGCCCACGUUGGUCUGCCAGCCGGCAACCGCCCCACCCCCCACGCGGCCACCCUGCUGGAGAUGACGCUACAGACACACGGCCUGCUCUGUGGUGGCGGCGUGCCGUCUCAAGCGUGGAGCCCCACGCCCGAUCCAGCAGAUCCCUCGAGUGGCACCAGCACCGCCGCCUUGAACGGCACCGUGCUCCUGGACAAGUUCCCGAGGCUGUCUGCAGAGAUGCUCCUACAGCACGUGACUUACCUCCUCAGCCACGAAGCGAAGCAACGAACGGCAAACUCGGCUGACGGUGCCGGUGAGGGCAGCGGCACCAUCUACCUGAGCCCCCAGCGCACACGGAACUUUGCCCUGACCGGCGUCGAGACGCUCCUCCUCAGCGCAACGCAGGCGGAGCAGGUGAACCAAGUAUUGCCCUUGUACGCUCGCGGCCACACCCUGCCUGACGAAGUGGCGGCGGACAUCACGCAGACGCGCAACGUCCACGAGGCCCUGCGCAAGACGCAGCAGGUGCUCAGUCGAGUGCUGAAGCAGGCCAGUCAGGAACUGGCCAGCCAAUCUGGGAGUGGCACCGCCGCGGUCGACGAUGCUGGCCACAGUGGUCCGCACCCCGCCCUCACUCAUCUUCCGUCGCACCUGUUCGUGCGCACCGCCGGCGCUCGCGGGCCGCCGCUGGGGUGGGAGUACUACGGCGUGCACCUCGGCAUCAAGGCAGAGGCGAUGAACGUGCGGUACAGCCUCAACGCAUCUGACACGGCAACGCUGCGCCUCAUCGACGGCACCGGCAGUAGCAACCGCGGUGAUGUCGCUGCGGCUGCAGGGAGCGAGGUUGGUGCGGAGUCGACCCGCAGCAGCAUGCCUGGCUGA